ACACUGCAUUUUACGCGCGUUGCUUUUCAUGGCAACACUACGCAAGAAAUCAGGAAGUUCUGGAGCAACACUAUACGCGUCAGACGUUGCAGAAUCACUGACAUCUCGACCUGGUGCCUUAGCUUCAUGGUUCAGAAUCAUCGUAUACUGUCUCCUCGCAAUUGUCAUCGCAAAACACCUUCACUAUAGACUACCAGAACCAAAAACCCACAGAGGCAUUAACCCUGAAACUGGCUUAAAUGAGUUCUCAGAAUAUAAUGCCGUAGAAACAAUGGCUUAUCUUAGUGAAACCAUUGGUUAUCGUAUUGUUGGUACUACAGAGGAAAAGCAGACGUUUGAAUAUUUGGAAGGAGUACUCGAUUCACACAAGAAAAAGGCUCAGGGCAUCCCUGGCGCACCAAAGUUUGAAAUGUGGGUUCAGCAGGAGACUGGUAGUCAUCGUUUUGAUAUCCUAGACAAGAUGGUAUUAAAGCAGUACGUAAAUGUGACAAAUAUUAUCGUACGUUUGUCCUGCCCUGAAGACAGCACAAUUGGACAGAAUGACAGAAGCUGUGAGAAAAACGCAAUUCUGAUGAACUCUCAUUUUGAUACUACUCUGGGCUCACGCGGCGCGAGUGAUGAUGGAUCUGGUACUGCCGUGAUGUUAGAGAUUAUCCGUGUACUCAGUCAACGCGACUGGACUUCUUACAAAAACUCAAUUGUGUUUUUGUUCAACGGUGCAGAGGAAACAUUACAGGACGCUUCUCAUAUGUUCAUCACAAAACAUGCUCUCAAGGAUACUAUUCGUGCUGUGGUAAACAUUGAUUCUUGUGGUACGACUGGCGCUGAAAUUCUAUUCCAAGCCAACUCAAGGGAGAUGAUUGAAGCCUAUAAACAAGCACCUUAUCCCCAUGGAACUGUCAUGGCCAAUGAUGUAUUCCGGACUGGGCUUAUUCUUUCAGACACCGAUUUUAGACAAUUUGUACAAUACGGAAACCUUACUGGCAUUGACUUGGCCAUUUACAAGAACUCAUACUUGUAUCACACCCACCUGGAUAUUGUUGAGCAUCUUGAGCCUGGAGCUAUUCAGCAUCUUGGGGAAAAUACAUUGGCUAUUGUGAACUAUCUAGCAUUGAACACCACUAUGGAUAAUAUUGAGCAGGCCAGUGACGUAGUUUUCUUUGAUAUUCAUGGUCUUUUCUUUGUUUCAUAUUCAUGGAAAACUGCCUAUAUUCUUCAAACUUCGACUGUAAUCAUCAGUCUUGUUUUCUUUGCCUACACCGUCAAAAAUACCACCAAGUCAUCGCCUUAUAGAACAGUGGGAAAUAUUCUCAUCUCAUAUGUCAAGUCUAUAUUCUCAAUCCUGCUCAGUUUGUUGGCUUCCUUGCUUUUGCCAGUCACAAUUGCUCUACUAAUUACUUCCGAUUUUAUGGGACGCAACAUGUGUUGGUUUGCAAGAGAAUGGUAUCCCUAUCUCAUAUUUGGUCCUAUGUCAUAUAUUGGUGCUUAUGGCGCACAAUAUCUUUCGUACUAUCUGCCUGGUCCUCAGCAUGUGGAUAUGGAAUACGGCACACUUAUUUCCAUCUUGGCAUUCUUUAUAACCUUUACUGGCUUCACUACCCAGACAGGGAUCGCCAGUUCUUAUCUCCUGUGGAUCUACAGCUUUAUUCUUCUUGCUGCCUGUGCUGUUAACGAUCUUUACCUCACUUCGGGCCAAAGAAGAGACAAGAUCCGUCAACCCAAGGUUCAUAAGCUCACAUAUCUCUUCACUGUAUUCCCAAUCGCUCUCUUGUACAACGGCUACUCGUACUCUCUUAUCGAUAUUUUUGUUCCCCUCACUGGACGCAUGGGUGUAGAUGCUCCUGUUGAUUUGAUUGUCUCUAUCAUGUUUGGCAUGGUGACAUUCAUGACCACUCUCCCUACACUCGCUCAUGUCCAUCGUUUCGGAAAGAAGUUUCUUGGCAAGAUUAUCGUCUUCCUUGUCGCAAUACAAAGUUUGGUGCUUGUAUCUGUCAUGAUUAGCGGAGGAAAAUAUGGAGGUUGGGCAUUCCCUUAUGAUGAACUUCACCCCAAGAGAAUUUACAUUCAGCAUCUGAAGAACCUUACUUCGGGAGAGAUGUCAAUUGGUCUUGCUGAAGCUGACUAUGGACCUUACAUCCAUAAUAUUGUGGACACUAUCGAAAACAAGCUAGAAGCUGCUCCCAUUCGUCAUGUUAAGCUUGAAGGUGAAAAUGACUGGGAUGUUGUGUAUCCUUUUAGCGCAUUCUUGGGUGGCUACAAGUUUGAUUCUACGGCUUUUAUUCGCUCCAAGAUUUCGGAUAAGGAAUUAGCCGACACACCAAAUCUUCUCAGUCUAGUCGAUGGACCCUUCCCUUCACUUUCGGUACACGAUGACACCUACGAUCCUCAGACCGGGAUACGUACCUUUACUGUUGUCUCCCUAUCACCCGGCUAUAUCUGGAAUGUGAUCAGCUUUGAUGGAGCUGUGGUAUCUUGGAGUAUUGAGGGCGAAGAACCUCAGGAGAAUUCUGCUCACUACAUAGUCCGCCAAAUCACUGGCCAUGGCAAUGAUGGCUGGAAGUUUACCUUGUCAGUCAAGGUCCCCGAAUCAGAAAGUGCAUUGGCAGAAGCGGGAGAAUGGAAGAUGAGAUUCCAGUUUACUGGAUUGGAGACCGAGAACUUUGCUGGCUUGGGCGCAGAACGCCUGGUAGGUGGUGUAGGUGUUCUGACAGAGCUUCGUAAGGCAAUGCCGAUUUGGACGACACCAACCUGGCUGAGCUCGACACAGACACAGGCACAGGCACAGGCACAGGCACAGGCACAGGCACAGGCACAGGCACAGGCACAGGCACAGGCACAGGCACAGGCACAGGCAUAG